AUGUGCUCUGUAGUGCUACUUCAUCAGUGGAGUCUGGCGGUGUUCUUGUUGUGUUCUCCAGUGACACCUUACGGGAGGCCAGUGGACGCACUUAGUAGCAGAAUGCGGCGGUCGGUGAGCCACGCCCAGCUGAUGCACGACAAAGGCCGCAGCAUGCAGGAGAUGAAGCGUCGCCUGUGGCUGCAGGAGCUCCUGGAGGAGGUGCACACGGCCGACGAGCGGGCGCCGCCCGCGCACGGCGGGACGCCCGACUUCAGCGGAAACGACCUCCGCCAGAAGCCCCCGGAGGCCACCAAGAACAUGCCCCACAGGUUCGGAUCGGACCGUGAGGGCCCCGUCCUGCCGCAGGAGACCGACAAGGCGCUGGCCUACAAGGACCAGCCCCUCAAGGUGGCCACCAAGAGGAAAAAAAAGGCCAGGCUGGGUCGGCGCAGGGAGGGCGACAAGAAGCGGAGGAGGACCCGCUCCGCCCGAACUCGAGACUGAGAGACGCUGGAUGCGCCGGAGCGGUGCUGCACUAAAGCG